AUAUAAAAUAUUAAAGUUAAAGACUAAAAAUAAAAUUUACUCUUUUUAAAUUUGAAUUGAUUUGAAUGGUAACGGACAACUAGCUUCUUGGAACAGCAACCAGACCAAACACCUUCAGUUAUGCCGAGUUGAGAGCUGCAACAGAUGACUUCAGUCCCUCAAAUAAGUUAGGAGAAGGGGGAUUUGGUCCAGUAUACAAGGGUACACUUUCUGAUGGGCGGGCAGUUGCUGUGAAGCAGCUUUCAGUAGCUUCUCACCAAGGGCAGAGUCAAUUUGUUACUGAGAUUGCUACCAUAUCUGCAGUGCAACAUCGCAACCUUGUUAAACUGUAUGGAUGCUGCAUUGAAGGAAACAGCCGCCUCCUUGUUUAUGAGUAUCUUGAGAACAAAAGCCUUGACCAAGCACUGUUUGGAAAUAAAGACUUGCAUCUUGAUUGGCCAACCCGCUUCAAUAUCUGCCUUGCAACUGCUAGAGGACUAGCUUAUCUUCAUGAGGAAUCAAGGCUGAGGAUCAUACACAGAGAUGUGAAGGCAAGUAACAUUUUGCUUGAUUCUAAGCUCUGUCCGAAAAUAUCUGACUUUGGACUGGCAAAGCUAUAUGAUGACAAGAAAACUCACAUCAGCACUCGGGUGGCAGGAACCAUUGGCUAUUUGGCACCAGAGUAUGCAAUGCGUGGCCACCUCACUGAGAAGGCAGAUGUGUUUGGCUUUGGUGUUGUUGCUUUGGAAAUUCUGAGUGGAAGACCUAACUUUGACAACAGCCAGGACAAUGACAAGAUCUAUCUUCUUGAAUGGGUGUGGACUCUGUACGAAAGAAACCAGAGUCUAGGUCUGUUGGAUCCAACCCUAGUGGGGUUUGAUGAAAAUGAAGCUUUAAGAAUGAUAAGAGUGGGACUCCUGUGCACACAAGCAUCGCCAAUGAUGCGACCACCCAUGUCAAGGGUUAUAGCUAUGCUUGCUGGGGAUCUCGAAGUGAGUCCUGUUGCAUCAAAACCGAGUUAUUUAACUGACUGGGAUUUUAAGGACAUAACAGCCAGCAUUGAGGCUGAAAACACACUAUCUAUUAAAUCUGAGCACGGUGAUAACAAGGACAAGAACUAUCUUAAUCCAGGGAUAGAGCUGGUGCCUUCUCCAUUAAAUAUCACUGAAUUCAGUGACAUUAUUGGGGAAGGAAGGUGAGAUGUUUUUCCUUAAAAGCUCCAUUUUGGUACUUGUCUUGCUUUGACCUUUGCCACAUAUUUUCUAGCUCAAUAAAGUAGAUACUGAAAUUGUGUGAAUUUCUGUCAUUCGAACUCUUUAUAUGUUUGAUCAUUUCUCUCUCUGUAAAUUGAACGAGAUAUUGAAAUUUUGGCAUGCAAUAAGGCUGCAGUAUUUGUAACUCAUGGAUGUCAUUACUAUCAUGUAGUAAGAAUACUUCAAAGCUAGAGGAUUGUUUGUAAUUUCCAUGUAACAUAAUUAUGUCUUUUGUUCUUUUUUUUUUGGGUGGUUUCUUUUUCCUCUUUGUUUUUACAUACUACCUCUAGCACAUGCCACACCACCUACUCCAGCCAAGAUAUCAGCUCCUAUGUUUGCAACCGACUCUAAGUCAAUCUCAACAGUCACAACGGCACUACAUGACUCCAAUUUGCGGAGCCAUAGCAGCACUUCAAAUCUUUCAGCAAUGCCUUCUUCCCGAAGAAAGAAUUCAACAAUGUAAGAAUAACUGCAACUGCUGCAGCAAACUCAGAAAUUCAUUUAGUGUUCUUUGGGGCAUGAGUGAGUCUCGUGUUGAGUUCCUAGUAGAAAUAUCUUUUUGCAUUUGCUGCAUUGAUAAAGUGCACAUAGCUUUGAGUUUUUGCAUUGAGAAAUAUGCGUGGGUGUAGAAUGUUAAUGCAUUGAGAAAUAUGCUCCAUUGAUAAGUGUAAA